AUGGCCUCUCCUCGACUUUACGACUGGUUGGUCCAAACGCCUGCGAACCCCGACGACCUAGAAACCCGCAUCAAUACACGCCUUGAACAUCUCGCGCACAACACGCCGCUAAUUGAAGCCGGUAUACUUGUUUGGGGUGGUCCUUCACUUUCAGCACAUCCUCAAGCCACUGGGGAUGAGCUUUUGAUUACUGGGAGUGUGCAGUGUUUCCGAGCUGAAAGUGAAAAAGCGGUUCGAGACCUGAUUAGGAAUGAUCCCUACGCCAAGGUUGGAUUUUGGGAUGUUGAGAAUGCAAUAGUGACACCGAUGCGAUGCGUUGUUCGCAAGUCUUUGUGA